AGCACUAACUGCGACAUGGCCCCAUGAACGUGCUACGCACCGGCCCAACUGGUUCCACCACCUACCCGGCCUCCUCACAUGGUACACGUGUUGUGAUGAACGUAUAUAUACACACACGCAUACAGGGUUGAAGGGGCAUCAUCAAAUUAAAUCUGCGGGGGCGCACAACCUACCUACGACCAUGGGCGCCACGCUACCCGGCUUGCUCUCUGCGCUUCUGCUGCUGCUCCUCCCGGCUUCCCUCCGAGUCCGAGACCACCUCCCCGCGUCCAACCGGCGAGAGGCGGAGGACGGCGUCGUCGGCCGCGGCCUGCACCCGAUCGUGCUGAUCCCCGGCUUGUCCUGCCCCGACCUGGAAGCGCGGCUCGCCGACGCCUACCGGCCCUCGACGCCGCGGUGCAGCCGGGUGCAAGGGGAGGAGGGGUGGUUCGGGCUGUGGACGAACCGCACCUGGGAGCUGGACGCCGAGCGCGCCGAGUGCUUCGUCGACCAGAUGCGCCUCGUCUACGACGCCGUCCUCGGGGACUUCCGGAACCUGCCCGGCGUCGAGUCGCGCGUCCCCGGCUUCGGAUCCGCCCGCGGCUCCGGCUCCAAGGUUCCAACACACCCGGAGUUUUGUUUGGGAACACUGAGGGCUACACUGGAAAGGCUAGGCUACCGUGAGGGAGAAACCCUCUUCGGAGCUCCCUACGACCCGCGGUACGCUCCCCCGAUGCCCGGCCAGGCGUCCCGAUUCUACUCCCGCUACUUCCGCCGGCUGGCGAGGCUCAUCGAGGACGCGAGCGAGAGGAACAGCGGCAGGCCUGCCAUCGUCCUGGGCCACAGCUUCGGCGGCGUGGUGGCGCUCGAGUUCGUCAGGAACGCCCCGCUCCCGUGGCGGGACAGCUUCGUCAAGCACCUCAUCACGGUGGCGCCGACGUGGUCCGGCGGGGGCUACGUCCGCGCCCUGACGGCCUUCGCCACGGGCCCGGUAGGGUUGCUCUUCGUCCCGGCGGCUCCGCAGCUGGCCAUGCGAUCGAUGUGGAGGACCUUCGAGACGGCCGUGGCGACCCUACCGUCCCCGGCGGUGUUUGGGCGCCGGCCGCUGGUGGUAACCAGGAACCGGAGUUACUCGGCCUACGACAUGGCCGACCUGCUCGUUGCCGUCGGUUCCGCCGACGCCGUCCGGCCGUUCAGAGAGCGCGAGCUCCCGAAGAUGGACUGCUUCGAGGCGCCCAUGGUACCGUGGACCUAUAUGAUUGGGACGGGUGUCCCGACGGCGGAGCAGCUGAUUUACUGGGACGGCGACUUCGGUAGGCUGCCUGAGGUGGUGUACGGAGACGGCGACGACACGAUCAAUCUCGCUAGCAUGCUGGCGUUGGAGGAGAAGGUGGGUAAGCAGCCGGGACAGAAGGAGCGCUUCAAAUCCAUCAAGCUUGCUGGCGUUCGACACUCUGCACUAGCCACGGAUGAACGGGCGCUCAGCAUACUCAUGGAUGAAAUUCUAGAGGCAAAUCGCUAGCUAGUCUCAAAAGGAUUAUUAAUUAUCUCGUAUUUUUUUGUGAAAUUAUUAUCUCGUAUUAAGAUUGUUACGGUACUAUAGUACGCGUGCAACCUUUGUACGGAACGAUGCAUCUGUUCAAUAAAGAAGCUAGUAUAUAAAAAAUAUUUAGCAA